AACCAUCGUUAAUUUAUCGUCAUCAUCACUAUCAUCAUCACCAACACCAGCAGCAUCAUCAUCAUCGCUGUCAUCACCAACGACACAAUCAUCAACAUCACCAACAACAUCAUCAUCUGGCUGUCAGUGCGCCCCAAGCAGCCGAAGCCUUGGUCGAUCCACUGCUGGAUGAAGGGUUUCUCCUCCUUCCUUCCCAAGCUGCCGACACCAUCUCUCACGAUCCUGCCGAUGGAAUCAUAUUAACAAGCCACCCCGGCACCUGCAAACGCUGGGCUGAUUUCACCGCAAGGCGGGCGCUCACCGUGAGGAUAAAUGUGCCAUGCCGACAAGGAGGAGCUGAGCCCCACUCAAGGGUUGUAGCGGCUGACGUGGUACGGUGGCGUGGUAACAACGGCAGCCCAACGGAGGAGUGUCAGCGGAGUCUGAACGGCCAUGUCUGCGUACAACCUCCUCCGCCUGGUGUCUCACCCCCGCUCGGGUCCUCUACUGCCCUCGGAGGUGAAGCGGCGGGAGCAGCGUGCCCGCGUGACCUUUGCCCCCGAGGAGCUGAGACGGAGGCUUACGACGCUGCAGUUCCACGUGACGCAGCAGCGCGGCACGGAGAGGCCAUUCUCGGGGGAGCUGACCCUGCACAGCGCUGCGGGGACCUAUGGCUGCCUCGUGUGCGGGGCCGCUCUCUUCACGUCUGAAAGCAAGUUCGACUCCGGGUCAGGGUGGCCGUCCUUCUCGGAGGCCGUGACCCCGCACGCCGUCGCGCUUGGGGACGACGUGUCGGGCGGCGUGUGGCGCGUGGAGGCCUCCUGCAGCCAGUGCGGCUCCCACCUGGGCCAUCUCUUUGAGGACGGUCCCCGGCCCAGCCGCAGGAGGUUCUGCGUCAACUCGGCGUCGCUCAGCUUCUGUCCGCGGCUCGGCGGCGCCAACGACGCGGGGCGGCCGGGCCCAGCGCUCGACGACCACGACCACCGGCAGCGCGGCGGCGGCUCGGAGGGCAGCUCGCUCACGUCGCCCCCCCCGGAGGCAAACGGGGGGCACCAAUCGCGUGAGGCCGAGAAUACGGAUUCACUGGAGGGCCCGGCUCCUACGGAUCUGGCCCCAGGACUAGCGAGGGCUUCCUGUGGGGCUGUCCGCGGUUGGAGUUGUGGAGGUGGUGGUGCUGCGGUUGGUAGUUGGAGCUGCGGUGCUAGUGGUGGUGCGACAAAUGUUAAAGACGUGGUGGGUGGGAAAGGUAUAGCUGGUGGUGUUCGUGGGGGUGGUGGUGGUGGUGCAAGAAGUGAUGGAGGUGUUGGUGGGACAGGAGUAGGUGGUAGUGCUGGUGGUGGUGGUUGGAGUUGUGGUGGUGGAAGAAUUAAUAGAGAUGUGGUUGGUUCUAAAGGUGGUGGUCGUUGGGGUUGUGGUGGUGACUCUGGUGAGAGAGGUGUUAGAGAUAUGGUUGGUGGGAAAGGCGUUGGUGGUGGCUUUGGUUGGAGUUACGGUGGAGGUGGUGCAAGAGGUACUCAAAUUGGUGGUGGGCCAGGCGUGGGCGUAGGAAGUGGUGGUGGUGGUGGUGGUAGAGAUGUGGUUGGUGGGAGAGGAGGUGUGGGAGGUAGUCGUGGUGUCUGUGGUCGUGGUUUUGGUGCUGAUGGCGGUGUUGGUCGUGGUGUUGGAUGGGUGUGA